GGAGAGGAAAAGUUCGUUGACUUUAUCUCCAAAAUAUGGCCCUCUCUCCCUUAAAAUUACCUAAGUUAUGUGGUUCUCGUGCAUAUAUUCUUCCCAAAGCUCGCCAAGUUUCAAAGUGGAUUCCUAGCUCGAUCAGAACACUCCUAAAUAUUGACAGCCUGCAAGCGCGACAAAUAGGCGAUCCAAUAUUACGCGAGGAAGCAGAGACAGUGGACAUCACAACUAUACAUUCUCCCGAAUUCAAACAAAUGAUUGAGCGAAUGUUCAGGGUCAUGAGAAAGGCAGAAGGUUUUGGCAUCGCUGCGCCACAGAUUGGAGUUGGACUUCGCGUAAUCGUGGUCGAGUUUACUGGAAAACACAUCAAAAUGUUAAAAGACAAAGGAGCAACGGACAAAGAACUAAAACGUCUUGGGAUUGCUUUAGUCCCACCGAAAGUUUUUAUCAACCCUGAGUACAAAACAAUCGACCAAACUCUGCUUGCGUUCCGUGAGGGGUGUUUAAGUGUUGAAGGUUAUUCAGCGGUUGUUCCUCGGGCCAAAGAGAUCGAAGUUUCUGCGCUUGAUACAGAAGCUCGACCAGUCACGUGGAGAACUAUGGGAUGGCCAGCGAGAAUCAUACAGCACGAGGUUGAUCACUUAAAUGGAAAUCUCUUUAUUGACUCCAUGCUUUAUAAAUCGUUUCAAAAGAACGAUUGGAGAAAUUACACCAAGAAAUAAUACAGAUAUCAGGACAUAAGUAUGUAAAAGUAUGUAAAGAGCAAUGUGAGUAUGCCCUCCCCCCCCUUACUAGACCAGGGUUCAGCAGAAUAUCACCUGAUGGAGUUGUGCUUAUACACAACAUAGUAGAUUCAAUCCCCUUCUGAUUUGUUUUCCUCUGACAUUGUGUCACACAGACUAUGAAUUAAAGGAAGCAUGUUCAUGUGUU